CUUCAUGCUUCUACAAAAACCCCCCCACCAUUCACAACCACUAGAAGAAGCAUGCAUCAGCAGCUAAUGCGCAGAAUGAGAAGACACACUAUAAUCCAUCUUCUUCUCCUAGCAUGCCUCCUGCUUGCAGCUUCUCAACAACCUUAUUUCUCUGUCAAUGUCCAAGCUCUAGAACCAGCUCAUUUCAGGCUAAGAAGUGGACACACAAGCUUAAGGUCGCACAAUAGAAAUGCAUUGCCUAGUUGGGUUGAAGAGAAGAAGAUUCAUAAAAGCCCAUCAGGUCCCAACCCUGUGGGGAAUCACCGCCCACCGUCUAGACUAUGAAAAACAGAUGGAUGCACAUUUUCUGCAUAUUUUGAGAAAAACAAGAUCAGAUGUAUCCAUGUAGUUUGGAAAAGCUGUUCUUUAGGGUUUUGUGCUUGUGUAAAAAAAUGGAAAUUAGCUGGAGAUGUGUACUUUAAAAUCCUUUAUUAGUGACUAAUUGCUAGUGUUUAUCCUAGAAUAAGAUUUAAACUAGGCAUAAAAUGUCUCCACAUAACUUAGUUUUUUUUUUUUUUUUUUGGUUUGCAAUGUAGUU